AUGGAGAACCAGCGCCGCGACGACUCGCCGUCGGGUCUGUCAGAUAUCGUCGAGGGCGAUGGCCUUCUGGGCACCGGCUUAACGUCUCGUCACCUCGAAGCAUUCGGACGAAAAGUCACAACAACCGCAGGACACCUGAUGGGACCUGGCGAACAGCAUACUGCCCACUUGAACCAUGCUAUGACCGACAUCCACCGCGAGCUGCGGCGACCGGCCACGCAGCGCAAGGUGUUUUCCCUUACACAAACAACACCAACCGACCUUGUCCGUUCAAAGCUUUAUACUUCCGAGAUUCAGUCCCGUGCCCUCUCAUCCCUCCCGGAUGACCUUCUCGCCAACAUCCCGGAAGACAACAGCUCCUACUCCCUUUUCCAAGGCUUCCAGGCCUCCGUUCCUGAUGAGCAACACGAGAAGAAGCGACACCGAAGGCGCAGCUCUAAGGGGAAACUUCUCAAGGAUGUUGAGAGAGGUGGCUCCUUGACUGCCGGCCCGGCUGGGUUGAAAGACCAGCGGAAAUCGCUGAGUCGCAAAUUAGAGUUGAUGGGAAUCCGGAAGAAUAUGUGCAGUGCGGAGAUCCAUGAAAUAGAUAACAAGGUCGCCAACUUGCACAAAAUCCGCAAGAUUGUUCUCGAUCGAUUGGCCGGCUUGGAAAUGGACGAAGCGGGAUUGGAGCAAGAACUGACGGAGCUCGAUAAUAAACUGGAAGAUUUCCCAGAAGAGGAAGAAUCACAGGAAACACCGGUUGCGACGCCGCGGUCAGAUGGCCAGGAUUCCGUUGAAUCGUCGGGAGAUCCAGCGAUGGACGCUUCGUUCAUGUCAGAAUCGAUUUAUGAGAAGCUCCCCUCACCUUCAUCAAAAAGUCUACGACAUCGAUCUAAUCGUAUGGAGUCCUCCGAUCUGGUACGCGAAUCACAACUGACAGCAGAUUUAGGGAAACGAUCGAUGCCGAUUCUACACGAACACUUCGCCCCGGGGUCUUUAAUCAAGGAAAUAGAAGCGCACACCGACAUGGUCACGGCCAUGGACUUUGACUAUCCAUUUGGUACUAUGGUCAGCGCUGCACUAGAUGAUACCGUGAGAGUUUGGGACAUGAAUGUCGGCCGAUGCUCCGGUUUCUUGGAGGGACACAAUGCCUCGGUUCGCUGCCUGCAAGUACAAGAUAACAUUGUGGCCACGGGCUCCAUGGAUGCAUCUGUCAAGCUGUGGGACCUGAGCCGUGCUCGGCCCAUCACCCGGGAUGGGCGCCUCAACAAGCACGAGCGUGACCAAGAAGAGGGAGCCAUAGAGCACAACUUCCCAGCACCGCCGUCCUCUAACCUCGAAGACUGCAAUGUAUUCUCGCUAGAGGCACACGUCGACGAGGUGACAGCGCUUCAUUUCAAGGGUGACACCCUGAUCUCAGGAUCUGCAGACAAGACGCUUAGACAAUGGGAUCUAGUCAAAGGCCGCUGUGUCCAAACUCUGGACGUUUUGUGGGCCUCCGCCCAGGCAUCCUCGUCCAUGAUGGGAGACUCCGAUUGGCGACCAUCGGGUCGCAUGCCCGAUGCUUCGGCCGACUUUAUUGGCGCAGUGCAGUGCUUUGACGCUGCGCUGGCAUGCGGUACAGCAGAUGGCAUGGUCCGUCUCUGGGAUUUGCGUAGUGGUCAUGUCCACCGGAGUCUUGUAGGACACACGGGGCCGGUCACAUGUCUCCAAUUCGACGAUGUGCAUCUGGUCACGGGUAGUCUCGAUCGCAGUAUUCGGAUUUGGGAUCUACGUAUGGGUUCUAUUUACGACGCUUAUGCCUACGACAAGCCGAUCACUGACAUGAUGUUCGACUCCAAACGAAUCGUGGCCGCUGCCGGGGAGAGUGUGGUCAAGGUCUACGACAAGGCUGAUGGCAACCACUGGGACUGCGGUCCAGGCGUUGGGCUUGACGACGACGGGCCAUUCCCUGCGACCGUCGAGCGGGUUCGUCUUAAGGAUGGCUACCUUGUUGAAGGACGUAAAGACGGCACUAUGGCUGCCUGGACGUGUUAG